UUUAUAGUUUAUAGCAAAGACUUUUACUUUAAAGUAAAAAUUCAGUUUAUCUGAAAAUUUUUUAAUAAAUCUUUAAAAUGGUGUUUAAAUGCUGUGUACCCGGCUGCAAAAAUUACCAAAAAGAUGCUCAAAUGCAUAUUUUUCCGAAAAAUCAAGAGUUGUUACAGAAUCUUGGGAAGGUUGACCGGACGGCUGACGAAAUAUUCGACGAACACUUACAGAAUUUCACAAGACAACAAAAUGCUGCCAAUAGACUACAAAAAGAAUUUAGUAAUUACAUUAGGUGUAUAAGAGCGUGCCAAGCGGCAUCAAAAACCCUCUUGGACGCCAUAGGGGAAAUCUACGAGAGCCAAUGGACUGGACACGACCUGCUGUACGUUCAGACACAAUCUGUUGAUAUGUUAUGGCAGGAUUUCAGUCACAAACUAGCGGACCAAGUAUUACUUCCAUUAAACACGUAUCAGGGACAGUUUCCAGAAAUGAGGAAAAAAAUCGACAAAAGGGGUCGUAAACUAGUCGACUACGACAGUCAGCGACACAGCUUCCAAGCCCUACAGACCAACAUGAAGAAGAGGGACGAAGUGAAGAUCGCGAAGGGCCGGGAACAAUUAGAAGAAGCAAAGCGAACAUACGAGAUGUUAAAUUCGGAACUACACGACGAACUGCCAGCACUAUACGAUUCCAGGAUUCUCUUCUUAGUCACCAAUCUCCAGUCUCUCUUCAACGCUGAAAACACCUUCCACAUAGAAUCUGCUAAAGUAAUGGGAGAACUCGAAGCCAUCGUAGACAAACUAGCAACAGACAGUCAAAGGGGGUCCUACAGCGUAAAGAAAACUAACGGAGCCAGUCUUCCUCGUCCAACUAGCCUUCCUAAAACUAAAGAUAUUAUCAUCAACAAUACUUCCCCAGUGAACUCGAAUAGAGCCGAAGAACCCGCUGAAUCCCCCACAAAGAAAUCCUCCCCUAAACUAGACUCCACUCCCACCACACCCACUAAACACGAAGAAACGCCAGAACAAGUCACGCCAACUCACGAACAAACCCCUCCACUUCCCGCAACAUCCGCACCCCCACCGAAACCGGAAGUAAACGGUACGACUACGCCGGACGGUAACCGAUCCCCCUCUCCCAAGCCCCAGCCGGCUGCUACCAAUGACAACUCCGCUACUAACAACAACAAUGCAAACAAUAAAAAAGUCGAAGAGCUUUAUGAUAUACCUGUAGGUGCCAGCACCGACAAUCUGCCACCUGGAGUACUAUACAGAGUGAAGGCGACGUACAAAUACAACCGAGAGGACGUGGAUGAGCUUUCUUUCGAAGUAGGGGAAGUAAUAUCCGUCAUUGAAUAUGAUGAUCCUGAAGAACAGGAAGAGGGAUGGCUGAUGGGCGUAAAAGAUAACGGCGAGAAGGGUAUGUUCCCUGCUAACUUCACGAGACCACUCUAA